GCCUUUUUUUGUUUUUUCCCUUCUUUUGGGCCGGUGCUCCUCAGAUUCUCUAGCAGGAUCUUCGACGAGAAGAGGCGCAGGACGACUGUUCCGUCGUAUAUCACUUUCCUUGCGCUAAGGGUGCUGGACUUCAUCUUUCUAUUCGGAUCAACCGUACGGACUUUGGACGAUGGCUGAAUACUACCCUCAAACCUAUCCCAUUACGAAUAAUGAACUAGCGGGCGUCAUUGUGGUGAAUGUUGUUGCUGUGCUUUCGACUGUAGCAUUGUUCUCUAUCAUACUUCGACUAGCAUGGCUUUGCAUCCUCCGUGUCACACGACGUAAAAACAUCACUCACUCUCGAGAAUAUGUCUUCUUCAAUACUCAGCUUGGGUAUUAUGCUGCUUGCCUUCUUAUCGCAAACAUGUUCAAUAGCGCUGCGGGUCUCAUGGGGUUGCCGUUUUUGUUGGCCAGACAUAUUACAGAAGGCGGUCUUUGCACUUCACAAGCGAUGGUCAUGCAGUUCGGGAACGUGUCUACUGCUUAUUUUACCGUCAGCAUCGCAGUACACACGUUCAAUUCUCUGGUGUUACGGAAGCGUCAAUCCGUCGCCAUCUAUUCAGUGGUGAUAUCCUUGGGGUGGAUCCUGGCCGGAUUCAUAGCUGCUCUUCCCUUAGCUCUUCCGCAAAGCCACGGGCCCAUCUAUGGCGAGUACAAUCUGACCUGCGGUGUGAGGGACAAAUAUCCAAUAUCACAGUUCUUGCUUCAUCUGUUACCGAUAUUCAUUGCUUCAUUCUUUUCGGCGGUGCUAUACUCUCUCAUUUUCCUUGUACUUCGCGGCACGCUGGUCAUCAAGGGCGGCGUUAAGCUCACUCUCAAUCCAAACGAGCGAUGGAAUGGUGAAAGUGGCGAAAACUAUCAUCGCUUCAUUGCUGGCGUUGCCAGGAGCAUGCUCUGGUACCCCGUCGCGUACUGUGCUGUUCUGAUUCCGUACUCCGUCACAAAGCUACUCAUUCUUUCGGGCUUUAGUGUGCCAUUCCAGGCCCUAAUAUUUGCCUAUGUGUGCUGGUUCUUAUUGGGAGUUAUCAAUGUGGGGCUGCUCUUCAACACGUUCAGCAAGUUGUAUCCGGUAUUUGAUACCAAAUUGUUGACUAGCGCCAGACAAGAUAUGGAGAGUUUCGGAACCACUGAACAGCUCAAACGACUCACGCUCGUUGCCGAACGGAAAGCAGCACCUGAAGAGCUUCAGGAGAAGGUCCAUCAGUAUCGUUAUCCGGGUACUCCUUCUUACCCUGAAAACGUCGCGAGUGUUCAAAGCUUCUAUGGAUAUCCCAUCUCUCCGCAACGUGUUUCACCUGUAUCUCCGUUCAACGGCAACAAUGCUUCGGAUCACUACCGGCCAUCGCCCGUUCCACUGUCACCUCCCUCAUCCCACUCUACCAGUAAACAUUCACGGCAAGACUCGGCUGAUUCCCUGCUGAAACUGCCCGUUCCUCCUCGCAAGACGCCUUCGCUUAACUCACCGCCUCCUUUGGUGUCCCCCAGCUCCUUGCGUGCGCUUCAAUCAAUUGAUCAGGGUCGCGUUCUUAGUCCAUCGACCAAUCGCUCUUUCAGUUCACAUGUUGUCCAGUCGACGCAUAAGGCCUCCGGGUCCGGAUCCUCCUCGGUUGGCUCGGUUGGCUCUGAGCUGGAUAUCGCUGGUUGGCUGGUUCAACAACAACCUGGCGGAUCCAUGCAUCAAGGGCUUCAAAGGAAGCCUUCACUUACAGCAGUAAGGACCACAUAUCCGAGCCCUGUUGCGGUCAACCAACGUCCCCGGCCAUUUCCUUCUACGCCAAGUGAAAGCACGACAAGCAGUCCAACAGGCAGCAUCAGGAGGCCCACUUGGAGUCCUGUGAGCCCAAGCCCGGCACAGUAUGUCGCGAGAAAUAUGAGGCCGGUACCCUUGGUUGGUCCUCCUCCCAUGGGUCGCCACGGCAAAGUCUCUCCUUUUUGAAUUCGAGGUAAUCGCCGCAUGCGGGUCAUGCGAGAGAGGAAAUUCGUGUAGCG